AUGGAGUACAGCUCUAAAACCACAGGAGCAGACGACCUGCAGAUAAAUGUCACCCCGACCCCGGAUUCAUUUCCUCAUGGGAAAUUGUUACCAAUUUCACCAACAUGGCCUUUCUCAGAAGUCAAGUCUUCCUCAGCAGUAGACAGCAUCAAGACUGCGCUGGGACAGUCCCCUGACAACACCAGCUUGCCACUGCUAGUCCAGACCCCUCCACCCAAGACGCGCCGCAGAGCUAGAUCUCAUGUGGACUUUCCUUCACUUUUCCAAGGAAGUGGGUAUAGCGCCUCCCUCGAACCUUUCAAGGAUUCUACUGAGUCUCUGGUCCAACCAAGACCUCAAGGGGGAAAAGAAGCAGCAGCUACGUCAGGUUUGCCUCUCAACAGCAUGCCUCCCUCCGUGUCCACGGUCCCAUCAGUGACGUCCCUGAGCACUGUCCUCCCAUCUCAGCCAGUUCAGGCAGGGGCUCCCUCCACGUCAAAGCAUCCCCCCAACUCAGACGUUCUCUUUCCACCUUCAUCCUCUUCAUUGGCCCCUGACUCAUCUCAUUCCAUCAUCUUUUCUAAGCCAACAGAGCGGCCCACCAAAGUGCCUCUAGUCCCCUACCCAGGUCUAGCUGGUGCCACUUCAAGUCAGAGCGUAGCUAAUCUCCUAAACCCAUUUUCUGACAAAACAGACCUCACUCCAUCCAGAAAUGCCCAGGAUUUUAUAGGAACCCCUAACCUGGAUGUUCCAAGAUCCUCAACAAAGCAGUAUUCCAAGCUGUCCCCAAGAGAGGGUCCCCACUCAGCAGGUUCACCCACACCAGGGUUUGGGGGCUCCAGGGCAGAACAGGCCCAUUUGUCCCUCCCUACCCCAGCCCCUGGGAGUCUUCUUCAGCUUCUGGGUAGAACUCCCUUAUGGUCAAUGUUGGAAGUGGCUUCAGGUCCUGUGUCCAUGCAGCCAGUCAAAGCUGAGGUGCCUGAAAGCGUGCACAAGGGGGUGUCUUUGCCGACUUUUAAGAGCACAGCAGCAGCAACCCAUGAGGCUGAGUCUCCAGCUUUCCAGCCUGCAGAAUCAGUGGCCAUAGAAAUGAUCAGCAGACAGCUAGCCCCCGCUACUACCAACGACUCUGCUAACCCGCUGCAUUUGUCAGCAGCUCCAGAAAGUUCCGGAGGGCCCACCCUUUCAACAGAACACACAUCUUCCUCUUUGGUGCCUUCUCCUCUGCCUAUCUCCACACCAAGUCAAGGGCAAGCCGGGCUCUCUGGGGUAGUUCCCGCAUCACCAUCGCACAGGACAGCCUAUUUUCCCUCCACGCUUACUUUCCUCCACGCCACAGAGAAUCAUGCCUCCCCACCCCCUGUGCCCACUUCUCCAGAAGAGGCCCGUGAUGUAUCCUUUCUUACCGCCACUAAGGACUUCCUCAUCUCAAGCCGAAUUUCUCAUCUUUUUUCAACGACUUGGACAUUUCCCCCCUGGAAAGAGGACAGUGUGACAGCCAUUUUAGGAAAAAAUGAAAAGGCAGGUGUGACAGUUCCUCUCCAGGCCCUUCCAAGUAAAGAAGUUUUGAGUCUUCACACUGUAAAAGGAUUCAUCUCUGAUCUUAGUACUGAUCAGAGUUCACCUGCCCUCCUUCCAACACGAGGGACAAAGCUUCUUCCUUCAGAAUCACCUCCACCUUCUCCGCCCUCCAUACAAACCACCCAGACUGUUUCCCCACCUCCUGUCUUCUCCAACACCAUGCCAGGGACUUACGCAGCUACCGUGGACCAUUCACAGUUGCUAGCUUCAGCUUCGAAACAGGUGACAGCAAUUCCCUCCUCCACUGUCUAUGAUUUCUCAACAAUGGGAGACACGAAAAAGCCAGCAACCACAGAUGUUUUCUGGAGUCCUCUUUCAGCAGUAACUGGAUCCCUUUCCACAGAAUCAACAUUAUCUGGCUUGCAGCAGCAAACAAAUUAUGAUUUAAAUGGACAUGCAAUUAGCUCCACAAGUUGGGAAACCCAUUCGGCUUCAACCACUCCUCCUAGUGCUUUAACUUCAGCUGCCAGUGCAAUACAAUCUCAGGAUUUCAAAGAUACUUCUGGGCAUUCAGUGACUACAGAAGGCUUUAACAUUCAGAAUCAAGUCCUUGGUGCAAGCGCCAACCAGCCGGGACAACAGUCAGACAUGGCUAUGCUUUCAAACCAUACAGAACUCUGGCCCACAAGCAAUAACAGUCCUUCUAGAGACUUCCCAACAACUGAGGUUGACUACCACCCAUCCACACGUCAACAUUCUGUGUCUCAUUCCUAUCUAAAGUUGCAUGCCCGGACAACACAUCCUCUUUUGCUAACCUUACCAAGUCUGACUUCUGCAUCUAGCUUACAGGAAAUGCUUUCAGAUGGAACGGAGACAGGUUCCCAGAUUUCCAGUGACUUCUAUCCAUCACCUGUGACAAAUGCUUCCACAGCAUUCCAGAGCAUCCUGAGAAAUCACUCUACAGCUGAAUCUCCUCCUGUAUCAACCAGUGCCUUUUCCAGGACCCCCUCCAAAGUGCUGCAGGCUUCUCAGCACCCCAUGAAAUGGACAGUGGACUUCUCGAUGUCAGCCAACGUAGAGCCAACAGCAGUAGCAGCAGCCGCUGCCACGUUGUUUCAGAGGAAACCGAGCCCACCGGCACUGUCUGCGGCUUUGGUUGCUAAGGGUACUGGCAGCAGCCCUUUGGCCAUAGCCUCAGGAUUAGCCAAGAGCAGUCUGACCACUACUCUCACUAAAAAUGUCACAAACAAGGCUGCAUCUGACCCAAAGGGGACACAAGGGGCUCUCCACACAGCCUUCCCAUUCACGCCAACCUACAUGUUUGCAAGAACAGCUCACACCACGAGCACAUAUACAGCCAUGCAAGGGAAUGCGGGCACCGCCUCUGGCCUGUUGUCCACAACACACCUCUCCAGGAAACCACAAGCCAUGCACACAGGCCUCCCAAACCCCACCAACCUGGAGAUGCCCAGAGCAUCCACCCAACGCCCGCUAAUAGUCACAGCGGCAUUGACAUCCAUGACAGCCUCAGUGAAGGCCACCCGCUUACCACCUUUGCGGACAGAUAACACUGAUGCAGCUCUUCCUGCUGCAUCAGCUGCCGUGGUUACAACUGGGAGAACGGCGUCCAACCUGGAGUGUCAGAUGUCCAGUAAGCUCCUGGUGAAGACAGUCCUCUUUCUGACCCAGAGGAGAGUGCAGAUCAGUGAAUCCUUGAAGUUCAAUGUAGCCAAAGGGCUCACACAGGCACUGCGGAAGGCUUUCCACCAGAACGACGUCUCGGCUCAUGUGGACAUUCUGGAGCAUUCUCAUAACGUCACGGUUGGUUAUUAUGCUACCAAAGGGAGAUUGGUAUACUUGCCUGCAGUAGUGAUCGAAAUGCUGGGUGUUUAUGGAGUCAGCAACGUCACUGCAGAUCUGAAGCAGCACACCCCAAAUUUACAGUCCGUGGCAGUACUUGCCUCCUCGUGGAAUCCCCAGCCUGCAGGCUACUUCCAGCUGAAAACAGUGCUGCAGUUUGUGAGCCAAUCCGACAACAUACAGUCCUGCAAGUUUGCUCAGACCAUGGAACAGAGGCUGCAGAAAGCGUUCCAGGAUGCUGAGAGGAAGGUCCUGAAUACCCGAAGCAACCUGACGAUUCAGAUCGUGAGCACGUCCAACGCCUCCCAGGCAGUCACCCUGGUGUAUGUCGUGGGCAAUCAGAGCACGUUCCUCAACGGCACCGUUGCCAGCAGCCUCCUCAGCCAGCUCUCGGCUGAGCUGGUGGGAUUCUACCUCACCUACCCUCCGCUCACCAUUGCUGAACCACUGGAAUAUCCCAACCUUGAUAUAUCAGAAACAACCAGAGACUACUGGGUAAUCACAGUGCUGCAGGGUGUGGACAAUUCACUGGUGGGCCUGCACAACCAGAGCUUCGCCCGGGUCAUGGAGCAGCGCCUGGCCCAGCUGUUCAUGAUGUCCCAGCAACAAGGCCGGCGGUUUAAACGAGCCACCACCCUGGGAAGCUACACCGUGCAGAUGGUAAAGAUGCAGCGUGUGCCAGGCCCGAAGGACCCAGCGGAGCUGACCUACUACACCUUGUACAACGGAAAGCCUUUGCUGGGGACUGCAGCUGCCAAGAUCCUGAGCACCAUUGACUCCCAAAGGAUGGCCUUGACCCUGCAUCACGUCGUCCUUCUGCAGGCUGACCCCGUGGUGAAGAACCCACCCAACAACCUGUGGAUCAUCGCUGCAGUGCUGGCGCCCAUCGCCGUGGUCACAGUCAUCAUCAUCAUCAUCACUGCUGUACUCUGCAGGAAGAACAAGAACGACUUCAAGCCAGACACCAUGAUAAACCUGCCUCAGAGGGCAAAGCCUGUACAAGGAUUUGAUUAUGCCAAGCAACACCUGGGCCAGCAAGGGGCCGAUGAGGAGGUCAUUCCUGUGACUCAGGAAACGGUGGUCCUGCCACUGCCUGUGAGAGAUGCCCCUCAGGAAAGAGACAUCACGCAGGAUGGGAGCACUGUCAAGACAGCCAAGUCCACCGAAACCAGAAAGAGCAGGUCGCCCAGUGAGAAUGGCUCUGUCAUCAGCAACGAAUCAGGGAAGCCCAGCUCAGGGAGACGCUCACCCCAGAAUGUAAUGGCACAGCAGAAAGUGACAAAGGAGGAGGCAAGGAAGAGAAAUGUGCCAGCGAGUGAUGAAGAGGAAGGAGCAGUUCUUUUCGACAACUCUGGCAAGGCAGCUGCUGAGCCAUUUGACACAUCUUCUGGGUCUGUGCAGCUAAUCGCCAUAAAACCCACAGCCCUCCCUGUGGUGCCCCCCUCCACGGACAGGAGCCAGGAGUCGUCAACUGUCCUCAACGGUGAGGUGAACAAAGCCCUGAAGCAGAAGUCAGACAUUGAACACUAUCGGAACAAGCUACGCCUCAAAGCCAAGAGAAAGGGAUAUUAUGACUUCCCACCAGUGGAGACAAGCAAGGGUCUGACUGAAAGAAAAAAGAUGUAUGAAAAAGCCCAAAAGGAAAUUGAGCAUGUUUUGGAUACGGACCCAGAACUGUGUGCUCCAUUCGCUGAGUCUAAAACCAGGCAACAGAUGAAGAACUCUGUCUACCGAAGCCGGCAGUCCCUGAACAGCCCGAGUCCAGGGGAAACCGAGAUGGACCUUCUGGUGACUCGGGAGCGACCCCGGCGUGGAAUCCGGAACAGCGGAUACGAUACUGAGCCUGAAAUCAUAGAGGAAACCAACGUGGACAGAGUACACGAGCCCCGGGGCUAUACCAGGUCUCGGCAGGUGAAAGGCCACUCAGAGACGUCCACGCUGAGCUCCCAGCCCUCCAUUGACGAGGUCAGGCAGCAGAUGCACAUGCUGCUGGAGGAAGCCUUCAGCCUGGCGUCUGCGGGCCACGCGGGCCAGAACCGGCACCAGGAAGCCUACGGCUCAGCCCAGCACCUGCCCUACUCAGAGGUGGUGACCAGCGCUCCCGGGACCAUGACGCGGCCCAGGGCUGGGGUACAGUGGGUGCCGACCUACCGCCCAGAAAUGUAUCAGUAUAGUCUGCCCCGGCCGGCUUACAGAUUUUCUCAGCUUCCCGAGAUGGUCAUGGGCUCACCCCCUCCACCUGUACCUCCCCGCACUGGCCCUGUGGCUGUGGCUUCUCUCAGGCGGUCCACCUCAGACAUCGGCAGCAAGACCAGGAUGGCCGAGUCCUCGGGGCCUGAGCCGGCCCAGCUGCAUGACAGCACCUCCUUCGCGCAGGUGUCCAGAGGCCCCGUGUCUGUGACGCAGCUGGAUCAGUCGGCUUUAAAUUACUCAGGUAACACAGUGCCAGCAGUGUUCGCCAUCCCAGCUGCCAACAGACCUGGCUUCACUGGCUACUUCAUCCCGACACCUCCCUCGUCCUAUAGGAGCCAGGCCUGGAUGUCCUACGCAGGAGAGAAUGAGCUCCCAAGCCAGUGGGCUGAUUCGGUGCCCCUCCCGGGGUACAUCGAAGCUUACCCUCGGUCACGUUAUCAGCAGAGCUCGCCCUCCAGGCUUCCUCGCCAGUACAGCCAGCCAACCGGCAUGCACCCCAGCUUAGAGCAGGCCCCGGUGCCCUCCACAGCGGCCUCACAGCAGAGCCUGGCAGAAAAUGACCCAUCAGACACUCCCCUGACCAACAUCUCCACCGCGGCCCUCGUGAAAGCCAUCCGGGAGGAGGUGGCCAAGCUGGCCAAGAAACAGACAGACAUGUUUGAGUUCCAGGUCUAAUGCCUUAGCCCCGUGGGACUCUGGACUUCCAAAUUGGAGGAAACAGCCUUUGGGGUUCUCACACCUAACGUGUUGGGACUUCAGACAUAGAUCAUGAGUGAGCCUUUCUCACCUCAGUUUCUGAAAAGGUGGACGAUGGGGCUUCUGGGAAAUGAAGGAAAUUCUUGAAUGAACGACUGGAUUCUUGGCUUAUUCAACUGUGUGUCAAGAAGUCCUUGCUUGGGACCUCAUGAUUGAUAUUCAGUUAUGUUGAAUGUUUGAACUGGGUGUAUUUCCCAGUAGAGCCUUCCUUGGUCACAAGAGAUACUAGCUAAUCUACAGAUUCCUGUCCAAUGCCAUAUUUUAAUAAAUCACUGGAAGGGGGAGAAUAUAGCUCUUAUCUUCGGUGACCCUGCAUGUUAACGGUUUCUGUGUUAAAGGCAACACAGGAAUGUGGAUUAAGCGCCAGACUUUUACUCUCUCCCACUCAGCCAUGACUGUGAUGGUUCAAAUCAUCUCUAGUCUGUAAGGAGACACUGACUCCAGCCAAGAAACCUGAGUCCCCUUUUUUCAAAGUCAAAUGAAAUUGGAUGAAAGUCAGUACCAAUGGCUGCGCCUAUAAAUAGUCCUGACUCUUUCCCCCAUUAAUUAAAAAGAAGCUCAAGAAGGAGAGAAGAAGAGAGGGAACGGUGGAUUUGUGUCGACAGGCUUUUUGAAAGGUGUUGUCAUGUUGGAAAUAGAGCGCCCCACAAGUUAGGAUCUGACUGAAAGAGAAUCGGUGCUAAGAGCUUUUAGGAUCCUACAAAAGAAAAAUAGUUAUUUGUGGAGGUUUUUCAUCAGCUCGCAUUGAAGGUGGCCUGAGAAUGGAGCUUCUCUCUCUCUUUGGGGGGAUAAUAGAUACAUUGCCUUUUACAAGAAAAUCUCUGUCUCUUCAACAAUAAUGUCCAGCAGGUGCUGCCAAGCACUACAAAAGAAAAUGGUAAUUGAUUCCUGUUAGAAAUGGGAGCGGUAGAUCCACAGUCUUCCCAGGCUGCAGCCUCUGUUUAUAGAAGCUUCUGAAUGUAGAAAAUCUGUUGAAUUAUGUUUAAAUGUAAAUAAACUUUUAAAAGGCAUAUAGGGAGUUAGCCAGUUCCCUAUAGUGCAUGGACACAGGAGGACAGAUGCUAAAGUGGCAGGGCUGCUACCUUGUGACCACAGUGUUGCAGGUCACCCUCGCCGACAUGGAGAGUCGCCUGCAGAGCUCUGGGUAAAAGGACGUUGCCUCGUAGCACUGAGGCAUCAGCUGCUGCCCACCCAGAAACGUGAGCAAGACAGCUGCUGACUUUGGGUGGCAGAGGGAGAUGGGACACUUUGGUUUCCUUACCAACUUGGGAGCCUUAUAGUGUUGGGGGCUGACUUGUUGGAGAACGAGGUCAUGUCCUGCUUUCACCCAUGAUCCAUUUAGCUUCUGCUGUAUCCAUUCCCUUCUGAGCCCAUCUUUCCAUUGUCCUCAUGAGUUUCUUUGGUCUUUACUGAAAGAAGAAGGUGGAAACUUAAAAGUUGAGAGAAGACAAGAAAUGGAACUGAUUAGAAUGGGAGAUUCAGACUGUUAAAGCACAGACUUUUCAAAGAAGCCGUUUUUAUUUCCCAAUGGCAAAUUGCCCUUUUCGGAAUGUUCAGAGAUGAUGUGUCAUGGAAUCCCCAGACAGGUCUCCUGUUCGGAUGAUAAUAGGUAGUGUCCUUUUAGUAUGCUGGUUGAUCUUUCAUAGUGUUAGUUUUUUGUUACUUAAAAAGAAAUCAGCUAUAAAUAAAAUGUAUUUUUGUA